UGACGGCAAAAUCCUGCAUUUCAAAAUGAACUACUGCAUUUUAUACGGGUUGUGGAUGGCAAUACUGUGUUUUUCAAAAGUGAAAGGUCAAAGUAGUAGAAAUGAUAUCGUCAGCCCAAGUGUAGCUGAGACUGGAGGAACUUUUACUGUGACAUGUGACGCGUCACGUGCUGGUGUUCCAACAACUGCUACCACAAUUUCCUCUUUACGUAUUACUCAUAGACGUGGGACAAUAAAUUCACUUUUAGCAUUUUACAGGACGCUUAUACCUCCAUACUAUAAUUUAAUUCCGCCGACUUCUAUUCCAGUAAGGAACUGGACUUUAUAUUUCGAAGGGAACCAAAAUAAUACGGGGGAAAGACCAAAAAACAGGAACACGAUGAAAAUGGCAUUAGUUGUCCAUGAUCCCAGAUGUGCAGAUGCCGGCACUUACAUUUGUCACGGGAAGUACAUGUUGAGCGAUACUGAUUAUGAACCAGAAUUAGAUGGCUUUUACCAGAACCUAUCUAUCAAAGUUGGAAGAAAAAUGUCUUUCUACUUAAAUCCCAUGAAUAAUACUGGACUGGGACCAUUUGAGUCCGUUCAUCGACCAGGCUCAAGUGUUACUAUAUAUUGCAGCGUUGAAGGACCAAACAACGUAACCUUCAAAUGGAUAAUUGGUAGCAAUUUCAGUAUCACUUCUCUAUACCCUGCACUAAACCCAAUAUUUGAGAGAGUCGACAUAGAACCAGCUUGUUCCCGCUACCGUUAUUCGUCAACACUAAAGUUUCAAAUAGAAUAUAAGUAUGAUGGCUACAUGUUUAUGUGUGUGGCUACAGAAAACAAUAGAGACACUGUCGUUGGGAACAUGGCGAUAUACACCCAAAUAGGGACAGAGGAAGCACAUACUGGUCAAAGAAUAAGUGAUCAGCUUAUCAGCCCAAGUGUAGCUGAGACUGGAGGAACUUUUACUGUGACAUGUGACGCGUCACGUGCUGGUGUUCCAACAACUGCUACAACAGUUCGGACGCUGGUGAUUGAGUGGUCAGAUGGUACACAGCAGCUUAAACCUUUAGCAAGAUACGGACAUAAUGGUACUCAAUACGAGGCUAAGACGUCCGUAAUAUUAAGUUCUCCAAAUAUUGCUGAAGAUACUGAUCUCAUAGCCUCGGGACAUGCUGAAAGAGAAAAAGAGGGGACAUUUUAA